CCGGGGGCCCCCCGGGGGGCCCCCCGGGGGGCCCCCGGGGGGGCCCCCCAGGGGGCCCUCCGGGGGGGCCCCCAGGGGUGUCUCCAAGGCCCCCUCAUGGGGCCCCCAUACCCCCGUCGCAGCAGCUGCAGCAGCAGCACGAUUCACCGUACUGGCAGCAGCAGCAGCAGCAGCAGCCACAGCAGCAGCAGCAGGGUUCACCUUAUUGGCCACAGCAGCAGCAGCCGCAGCAGCCGCAGCAGCAGCCGCCGCAGCAGCAGCUGCAGCAGCAGCAGCAGCAGCAGCAAACGCCGCCUGGGCCCCCAAUGCCUUAUCCGCAGCAGUUUGCUGCAGCAGGGGGGCCCCCCCCAAGUCCUCACCCUCCAUAUCAGCAGCACUACCAGCAGCAGCAGCUGCAGCAGCAGCAGCUGCAGCAGCAGCAGCUGCAGCAGCAGCAGCUGCAGCAGCAGCAGCUUAUGCAUGCGCCCCUGUCGCCGCCGCCGCCGCAGCAGCAGCAGCUUCCGCAGCAGCUGCCGAUGGGCUCCCCGCAGCCGCAGCAGCCGCAGCAGCAGCAGCAGCAGCAGCAGCAGCCGCAGCAGCAGGGACUGCACGGCAGCCAUGGCAUGCAGCAGCACCCCAUGAAUCCGCUGCAGCAGCAGCAGCAGAUGCAGCAGCAGCAGAUGCAGCAGCAGCAGAUGCAGCACUUUUGGCAAAUGCAGCAAAUGUACCUGAUGCAGUGGCAGCAGCAGCACCACAUGCAGCAGCAGCAGCAGCAGCCAGGUGCAGCAGCAGCUUCUCCAGCUCCAGAUGGGGCUAAAGGUCACGCAGCAGCAGCAGCAGCUCCUGCUGCUGCUGCUCCUGCUGCUGCUGCUGCUGCUGCUUCGACUGAUAUUGGAAAGCCUGAGAGCUUUGAGGUGCUGGGUGACACUCCCUGGUGCCGAGUCACAACAACAACAAAGCGAAUUUAUUUUUUUAACAAAGAAACAAAAGAAACAAAAUGGACAGCACCAGCAGAGCUGCAGCAGCUGCUGCAGCGGAUUGAUGCAGCAGCAGCAGCAAUUGGGGACUUCGACGACUGGGAGGCUUCCGACGAGGAGCAGCAGCAGCAGCAGCAGCAGCAGCAGCAGCAGCCGCAGCAGCAGAAGCAGCAGCAGCAGCAGCAGCAGCAGCAGCAAAGGGCCGCCCGCCCCGCCCCCAGCGCCCCC